CACAAUGAUGAAAGAGAGAGAAAGAGAGAGAGAGAGAGGAUAAUGGCAGAGCUCGCAGUGCUGUAGGUGGUGCGCCGUAGGACAGCUCCCUGUAAGCUCCUCCAUCUUCUCCUCUCCUUCUUCUGUGAUGUUCCUGAUGCCUAGGCCCUGAGAGAUCCUCAGAGAAGAAGAAAGAAGGAGGAAGGAGGAAGGAGAAGCAGAAGCAGUUAAGCUGCCUCUUUUGGAUCUUCAAGGAGACAUCUAAAUCGAGUGAAGGGAGGAAAAAGUUGGGUUUUGGUUAUGCUGGAGACCGAUCAGAAGAGGAGAAUCUGAAGAGGCCUUCUUCAGAUGGUAUCCACUGAAACCCCACCAGGUCCUUCAUGUUCAUCAGAUCUUGCAUCAGUGAAAUCUCAUGAGAAGGCUCCUGAGAAUAUUGCCUUCCUUGAAGAAGAUCCAACCCCUAAAUUUUCCAUAAGAAAUUAUGUUCUUGCAACGAGGUGUAAGUGUGUCGAGGCUAGUUGGCCCUUUUCGCGGCAGUUCCUGCAACUUUGCAUGAAGCAUGGUGUCAAAGAUCUACUACCACCUUUUGAACCGCCUGAGCUGGUGAGAUCCCUGUGCUCGAGAAAGGCAGAACAACUUGUUGCAUCCACAACAGAGGACAAACCAGCUUUACUUUUGAAGGAAUUCAUUUCAAUUUCAAACUCCUCAGAUCUUGUUAUAGAGUCUACAUUGAAGUCUGUAAAUCCUCCACCGAAUGAAGGAACAUAUUUGGAUGAACUAAUUCAUACUGAAAUACCGAGAUCAAAUUGUCACUCUGAACAUAACCAUAGUGCUGAACCUAUUUGUUCAGUAGCCAAUGGUACCGAAGCAUCACUGAAUUUGGCUUCCAUUGAGCCUAGAAAAAAUUUUGAAAAGCCGCAGAAGCCACUCGUAAAGAAGUGCAAAUUGAAAGGCAAGUUGGGUGUCAUCUGCGAGCUCAAUAAGGAAGGCGACAUACUAACUAAUUCUAGUAUGGUUUCAGAUGCUAUGGCUUCGAAGGUUUGCCCAGUUUGUAAGGCAUUUUCUUCUAGUUCGAACACUACUUUGAAUGCUCACAUAGAUCGGUGUCUCUCGAUGGACUCAAAUAUGAAGGAUAUUUUGAGCGAAGUCCCAAAAUUUAAAGCUAAACAAAGGAAGAAGAGGUUGAUGGCAGAGAUUUACAUGGCAGCUCCUCAUGCCACUCUUGAAGACCUUGAUAGGAGAAAUGGUUCAAACUGGGCUGUGGAACUUGCUUUGCCGACAACACUGACUAGUGGGGUUGUUAAUGAGACCAAGAGGUCGAAGAUGUCGCCUGUGAAUGAAUGCAUAGAGAAUGGGAAUGACAUUGCUGUUUAUGUGGACUCAAAUGGUAUGAAACUUGGGAUUUUGUCGAAAUUUAAUAAACCAGCACUGAACGAUCUUAAUUUGAGGAAGAAAAAGGAUUUAUCAUUGAAACACUUGAAGGAUAUGAAAGUGAAGACUCAAAAAAGGAAGCUUUCAUUCGAACUUCCUAAAAAUCAGUUUGUAGAUGCACUUGACGAUGAUGAUCAAUCUGCAAUCCAUCAGCAAGAUCAUGUUCAGUCAUCUGCAUUGCAUGCCGAGGAACAAGUUGGGAGCACUGCUCCUGCAACUUCGAAACCAUGGAUGUGCUCUAUAGAAUCAGAUAUCCUAAAAGAUCACCCUAAAGGCAGAAAUAUGGACAUAGACAACACAACACCAGUACAUAGGAGCAUUUUGGCAGGGAAUCACCGAUGCAAUUCUUUAGGUGUCAGUAAUAAAUUCCCUAGGUCAUCAGAAGUAUUUACGGAUUCUCCAAAAAUGAAGAGAGUUGAUUGCUUGUACAGUGACAAUCAUCCUGCAAAUGAUGUGAAAGAGAAGUCUUUAGAACCUACUUCGAGUUCUAGAUGGUCUUCAAGAAGUGCUUGUUCAACUAUUGGUCUCCUCAGAUUGUCAAAGCCAACUGAUAAGUUCCUAUCUAGUGAAAAAAAAUCAGUGGAGAUUGACAUGGGAAUUCGUAAGAGAUCUAUCAAGUGUUCGAAUAAGCCAAUGGGAUCGUUGCAGGAUUCGUCUUCAUUCAAGGACCAAGCUAUUUUCAGUUCAAAAAGGGAAUUCCUAGUUAAGAGACCAUACUUCCAUUUGGAAGGAAGUAAAAGCGAGGCAAGUGAGAAGACACUUAAGACCCUUAAGUUCCGUAAACAUAGAUCAGCUUUGAGAACUUGCAAGAGAGUACUGCCAUAUUUACUACCUAUUGAUGGAGUACAUGGAACUACCAACAGCUUGAUUGCAAGAAAAGAUAGGGCAGCACACACUCAUGGAUCUGGUCGACUCAAUGCCAAUACAAUAACCCAUGGGUGUGAGGGACCAGAAUUAUCAGAGACAAUUGAAGAGCUAGAGCACAAUAAUUUGACACAAUGCGACAAUUCUCAAGUUGAACACUCAGACAUACAAGCAGAAGACCAGAGUCAUGGAGCCACAGGAGAAGCUGGUGGUGCUCAUGUUACGAAUGAUUUUAUCAACUCAGAUAAACUGGAAAUUAGUUUCAGAGCCAAAUCUUGUUCUUCUCCAUGUGCAGAUGGCAAAGUCCAAGAAGAGAACUCUGAGCAAAGAUCUGGCCAACAAGAAUUUGUUUUCAAUGACGAGGACCAUGAUGAUGUUGAGUAUGGAGAUAUUCAAAUGGAAAUCGAAGCAGUGGACAAGGAGGUGGAGGUCUCUUGUGAAGUCCUUCCAGAAGAAUAUCAGGCCGAAACCAUAUCUGCUCAAGAUUCUAUUGGUUGUCUAACUAGUCGUAGGGGUAUGGAACUGGAUCGAAAGUGUAUGCCCCAGGACACUGGAAAAUCUGGAUCACCUAUUUCUACAGGUUCUUCUGUUUCCUUACCACCUUCUGGAGGCUCCAGAAUGAAAGAUCCAGAACCUGAAAAAUUGAUGAGUGGUAUUCCUGUUCAAGAUAAUUUGAGUUUUGCAUCUCAGGCUGCUGAAUUCACUGAGAUUACCGAAGAAAGAAACUCUACUAGUAGAGCACACAAGAAGGAUGAUCUGCCAUUCUGCUGUUUGUGUAGGAAGAGCAUUUUAAAAGAUUCACAGCUUCCGAGCCAUAGUGAAACUUCCAGGUCAACUAAGGAAAAUCAAAUCUUGAACUUGUCUAUUGGGCCAAGAAUAUCUUCCUCUCUUAGGACAUAUCAGAAUCCCAGAAGUAAUAAUAUAUCCAAUUCAACUCAGCAAUCCAAUUACAACAAUCCAAUUGAUUUUUGUGGAAGUUAUGGACCAUACACUGAUUUGGGUUCUCCAUCACUUCAUUCACCGAACCAAUCCAGUUCGAUCCCUGUACUGCGGUUGAUGGGUAAGAACCUAAUGGUCGUAAACAAUGAGCAGCUUUUGCAUCCUCAAACUAUUGCUUCAAACCAUAUACCUUAUGUGAAUUCUGUUUCUACUCGAUUUGCUUCCAUCAACAAUCUCAUGAAACAUGAUAGUUCAUAUUGUUGUCAUCAACAACCAUUAACUGGCGACCGCUCAAUGCCUCAAAAGCUACCAACCCUUGCAAUGUGCAAUACUACCAGGGUUCCUCCUCAUUCUACUUGGACAAUGAAACCAGAUCAACUCAUGCAGCAGACACCAUACAAAAGACACGGUGCUCGCACUCCUUAUGUGACGAAUGACGUGAUUGUCAUUGAUGAUUGUUAUUCUCAACACCAGAAUGAACUCAUAGUCUCCCUAAAGAAUACUGCGAAUACUUCACUGCUUGGUAGAUAUUGGUCCAGUAAUUUAGCUCCAAGGCCCUUUACUUGCUUUCCAUCGGAAAGCCAGAACAGGAAUGUCUCAGGUAGACCGAGAGCCUUAUUUGCUAAUUUUCAACCAGUGAACGAUGCUAGUUUUAUAAAUCAAAGGUUCAACACACAAAGCCAGGGGGUUCUCAUACCAUGUCCAACUUUCCAACCACCCGCAACAAGUCGGAUGGGCCCAUCAUUGUAUUAUCCUCUGAUUCUACGGUGAUACAGAUAGCGUAAAGACGCUUGUAGUGGAGACCUGUCAUCAGAGAUCAGGUAGGAGCAAUGUUCAUACCAGAUCACAUUACUGACAGUUGACACCCGAAGUUCACUGAUGACUGCCGAACAUCCAGGAAUAAGAUACCUGUUUGAUGUGUUGGUUUUCUUGCUAUAUUGGAGUAUCUGUCGUACUUAAAUGGGAUGAUGCCAAUGAAGAUCUCAAUUUCCAAGUUUUGGUAAGCAUAAGCUUUUUCUUUUCUCGAAAGUUCGUAACGUUUAGCUUUGCUCAAGAAAUAUGUAUAUUUCCAAAAUCCAUGCACCAAAUUACAAGUUUAAAAUGGCGAUAAUACAUCAGAAACUGUCUCCUUUGCUUUGCCUACUUUC